AUGCGAAACGAGAUACGACGUCGAUCGCUGGUGAACUUGAAGGAUGUAAAGGAAAACCAGAGAGUUCGGCAACCUAGCGAAAUCACGGAGGAAGCGGAAGAAGACGCCAACAACAACAGCACAUCGAGUAAAAAACUUCUAUCGCGACCAUCCACUUCUGAAUCCGGCGGCACCUACCUCUUAUCGCCAGCAUCGAAAACGGAUGGCCCAGCAAAAUCACCGCCAAAGCCACCAGCGCCUGCUCCGCGAAAUCUUCCGUCGACUCACGCAGAGGAGGAGAAGAAAACAAGCAGGAAUGCCAAAGAUCACCCCACGCCAUCUACGUUCACCAGCGCAAGCAGUCAGCAUGAUGCUUGGCUCAAGAAGAAACUGGAAGAGGAGCGAAAACGAAAAGCGAGGCAACGAGCUGAGGCAGCGAAGAAAGAGGAGGAAGAGAAAGAACGAAAAGAGAACGCAAAGAAGUUGUUCGAAAGAUGGAAAGCGGAACGAGAUGAGAAAGCUCGCGAAGAGCGCAAGCAAAGAAGGGUUAAAGAGAAAGAAAAACAACAGGCCGAAGAGGAAGCAAAAAAGCAAAAGUUGAAAGAAGCUGAGAAGACUUUCGAAGCUUGGAAACGAUCACACUCGCGACCACGUACCUCGUCGUCGAAGUCAGAUUUGGAAAAGCAAAAACAGAAAGAAGAGGCGAAGAAGGAAGCUGAGAAGGCAUUUGAAGCUUGGAAAAGAAAUAAGGACAAGGCGGAACUUGCACGUAAACGUGAAUUAGCCGAAAAAGAGGAAGUAAAAAGGAAACAACUCGAGGAAGAGCGUGAAUACCGCGAAUUGUUGGCGCAGCAAACCUAUGAGACAUGGCUAGAACUGAAGGAGAAUGAAAGACUGCUAGCGCAAAGCAUAAGUUCACUCAACUUUUCGGAACCACCCCCACUCCCAUGGCUGCCACCAAGUAAUACAUGCCCGCGACAAUUUGUUCCAUCGUCAAAAAAUAGACACGAAAUUAUAGUCGAGUUGUCGACCGCGGGAUUGGCCGUGGAUUGCGGAGCACAUCAAGCGCGUAGCGCUACAUCACGAGAGCACGAUUUGCACAAUGACACUUGUACUGCUACAGCUUUCGGAAACACGAUGCUCGCUUCGCAAUCUACGCCCAGUCCGAGCGGUCAAUAA